UGGCAAUGCGAGCAGCAUUGCCAACAAUGCGCGGCAGCUGACUAGUCACAUCUCACACUAUAACCUCACUCGUUUUCGGCCAUCUGUCGUCAUUACCAGUUCAUCUAGCGACACAUAAACAUGGUCAAUAUGAUAGAAUCUCCCGCCAAGUGUGAGUUGUGAAGUGUAAUUCGUUUUUUGCAAGCUGAAGGGUUAUCCACAGCAGAAAUUCACCAUAGAAUGAAACGAGUAUAUGGUGAAAGCUUUAUGAGUGACAGUGCAGUGCGUGAUUGGAGAGGAACUGUGCAGAACAAAAGGAGAGGAACGCUCACAUCGGGAGUGAUGCUCAUUCAUGACAACGCCCGUCCUCACAGUGCUGCUGUGAUGAAGCGUCUUCUUAACGGGUUUAAAUGGGACGUUUUUGACCAUCCGGCGUAUAGCCCAGACUUAGCACCAAGCGACUAUCACCUUUUCCCGGAACUGAAGAAAAUGCUAGGAGGGCAGAGCUUCCGAACAGACGAUGCGCUGCAAGAUGCUGUGAAAAACCACCUCAAAUCACUGGCGGCUAAAUUCUAUGAACAAGGUAUUAAGAAGCUUGUACCCAGGUAUGAAAAAUGCCUCAAUCUGAAUGGUGACUAUGUUAAGAAGUAACUAAUAAUGUAAAUAACUUUUGAUAAUAAAUUCAUUCAAUUAC